AUGCCUUUUAGGGUCUCCGUGGCCGACAUCGUUCUCAUCGCGGAAACAGCAUUCCUCGUGCAUUUGUCCAUGUUAUUCUUAUUCCGUGCAACUUUGUCCUUACAACUACGACUGACAAGCCUAACCUGCAUGCUAUCGCAUCCCGUGAUUGACAACCGAGCAGUGGAGAAAGAAGAGAGAUUUCAACAAACAAGUCAGGAUCUCGAAGACAUCGAUAUACAUCCCGAGACGAUUUCAUUGAACAAACCGUAUGUCGAUGACUGGUUAUAUAAGGUGAUCGAGAAUGGUGGCUUCGCCGAAGGGUCAUCGGAUCCUCUUUCCAAGCUCAGGAAGACCUUGACUAAGAGGACGUCCACCUCAGAUGUUGACUACGUGCCAAUGAAUGAGAACACUAGCACCGAUACUCAACACACUAGCGUGAUUGAUCAAGAUACGAUAAAAUCUGAUCACAAAGCUGACACACAUAAUGAAAGUCCUCCCGAGACUGGUUAUAAUAGCACUACCAAUGCUCAUGGAGCUAUCAAGAACUAGCAUGCGCAAGACAUUGCUUCAGCAUCUGCUACCACUGUGCAUUUGCCACAGGAAGAGGAGAAUGUGAAUGAGAACGAUGAUCUCUACGCAGACCCAGAUUACAUUACUACACGCCUAGAGGAUAGCAUG